GGCUCCACUGGAAAUGCAGCAAGGAUUCCUAGCACAUCCCAGUUGCCAUAGCAACAGCAGUCUUUCCCAUAAUGAGCUGCAUCAUCUGAACUGAUGUCACAGCAUCAUGUAGCAGGUCAAACAAGGCAUCUCUUAGUAUUGCUUCCUACAGAUGUGCUGUAAACAUCAAAAGAAGACGGUGGGAACAGGAGAUGCUGUUUUGGAAAGAAGUAAGGUUUAGACUUCUUCAUGUUAACCAUGAGCGUGACACUUUCCCCUCUGAGGUCACAGGACCUAGAUUCUAUGGCCACUGAUGCUUCACCCAUGGCCAUCAACUUGACACCCACAGUGGAGCAGGGCGAGGGAGAGGAAGCAAUGAAGGAUGUGGAUGCUGAUCAGCAGUAUGAAAAACCACCCCCACUGCAUACAGGGGCCGACUGGAAGAUUGUCCUCCACUUACCUGAAAUUGAGACCUGGCUCCGGAUGACCUCAGAGAGGGUCCGUGACCUCACCUACUCAGUGCAGCAGGACUCGGACAGCAAGCAUGUGGAUGUGCAUCUAGUUCAACUAAAGGACAUCUGUGAAGAUAUUUCAGACCAUGUUGAGCAAAUCCAUGCCCUCCUUGAAACUGAGUUCUCUCUAAAGCUGCUGUCUUACUCUGUCAACGUGAUUGUGGACAUCCACGCAGUGCAGCUCCUCUGGCACCAGCUCCGAGUCUCUGUGCUGGUUCUGCGGGAACGCAUUCUGCAAGGUCUGCAGGACGCCAAUGGCAACUACACAAGGCAGACAGACAUUUUGCAAGCUUUCUCAGAAGAGACAAAAGAGGGCCGGCUUGAUUCUUUAACAGAAGUAGAUGACUCAGGACAGUUAACUAUCAAAUGCUCUCAAAAUUACUUGUCUCUGGAUUGUGGCAUUACUGCUUUUGAACUGUCUGACUACAGCCCAAGUGAAGAUUUGCUUGGUGGCCUGGGUGAUAUGCCCUCUAAUCAGGUUAAAACUAAACACUUUGACUCUUGGAGCUACAGUGACAUGGAGAAGGAGUUCCCUGAGCUGAUACGAAGUGUUGGGCUACUUGCUGUGGCUACUGACCCCAUCUCUUCCAAUUGCAGUGAAGCAGUUAGUGAGGACACACCUCACAUGUCCCUUUCAGCAGAAAACAAAGAUAGAGAUGAAAUAAACAAUGGUUCCACAGCUGAGGGGCAACUGGAUGGAAUGCUAGAGACAUCAUGUUCAGGUGAAGAGCUCACAAAAGCUGUUCAACCCGAUUCUCAGACUGCAAAGCAGGAAUUCAACACUUCCUCUCAGCCUGGGGAAAAGAACCAACAGCCUCUUCCUUGUGAAAAUGCAACCCCCAAACGAUCCAUCCAAGAUUGCUUUAAUUAUAAUGAGGACUCUCCCACCCAGCCCACAUUGCCAAAAAGAGGGCUUUUUCUUAAAGAGAAAACUUUCACAACUAACAUGAAAGGCACUGUUGGAAAGAAGCAGAUGGCUUAUCUCAAACCUGAGAUGAGCAGAAGCACCCCUUCCCUGGUGGAUCCUCCUGACAGAUCCAAGCUUUGUCUGAUAUUACAGUCUUCCUACCCCAGCAUCCCUUCUGCUGCUAGCCAGUCAUAUGAGUGUUUGCACAAGGUAGGGGAUGGGAAUCUUGAAAACACAGUCAAACAUCACAUGAAGGAGAUGUCUUCCAGCCUUGGACGCCUUAACGAGUUCCAUAAAGAGAAGCCUAGGCUUAAAAAGCAUCACAAGACCCCAGGAGAGCUGCCUCGGUGUCGAAUGCAAACCAGUUCAGGGAAGCACACAGAAAACAUGAACUCAGUAGUGCUGAAUGGGAUUCCUUCAGGCACUUCCAAGACCACAGAAACAGAUUCUGCUUCCACAUCCUCAUUUGAACCAUGUAAUCAAAGAAGCUGGAAGGCCAAGUUGUCAGCGCAGUCAGAAACAUCCAGUUCACCACCUUUUACUCAAAGCGGUGAAUCUUCUGUAGGCUCAGACAACAUCAUGUCUCCUGUGCCUCUUCUUCUGAAACACAAAAAGAAAAAAAGUCAGUCCUCUCCUCCAGGUCACAUUACCAGGAAUGGCCAGGUUGUGGAAGCCUGGUAUGGUUCUGAUGAAUACCUUGCCCUGCCCUCUCACCUGAAGCAGACAGAAGUAUUAGCUUUGAAGUUGGAGAACUUAACAAAGCUUCUGCCUCAGAAACCCAGAGGAGAAACCAUCCAGAAUAUUGAUGACUGGGAACUCUCUGAAAUGAAUUCAGAUUCUGAGAUUUACCCAGUGUACCAUGUGAAGAAGAAGCAGCAUAUGAGGCUAGGCAGGUCGUCUCCAAGUUCAUCCAGUGAUAUAGCCUCUUCACUGGGAGAGAGCAUUGAAUCUGGGCCCCUGAGUGACAUUCUUUCUGAUGAAGAGUUGUGCAUGCCUCUCUCUGGCAUGAAAAAAUAUAUUGGUGAGAAGUCAGAGAGAGCCUCAUCUUCUGGAAAAAAUGAAAGUCAUUCUGCUGCAAAAUCUGCUUUAAUCCAGAAACUGAUGCAGGAUAUUCAACACCAAGACAAUUAUGAAGCUGUAUGGGAAAAAAUAGAGGGGUUUGUGAACAAGCUGGAUGAAUUCAUUCAAUGGUUAAAUGAAGCCAUGGAAACUACCGAGAACUGGACGCCCCCUAAGGCUGAGACGGAUAGUCUUAAACUGUACCUGGAGACACACUUGAGUUUUAAGUUGAAUGUAGACAGUCACUGUGCUCUCAAGGAAUCUGUGGAGGAGGAAGGACACCAACUUCUCGAGCUUAUUGUGUCUCACAAAGCAGAAGGACUGAAGGACAUGCUGCAGAUGAUUGCAAGUCAAUGGAAGGAGCUGCAAAGGCAAAUCAAACGACAACACAGCUGGAUUCUCAGGGCUCUGGACAUCAUCAAAGCUCAGAUUCUGGCUACUGAUGUGUCUGUGGAGGAUGACGAAGGGACUGGAAGCCCCAAGGCUGAGGUUCAGCUGUGCUACCUGGAAGCACAAAGAGAUGCUGUUGAGCAGAUGUCCCUCAAGCUGUACAGCGAGCAGUACACCAGCAGCAGCAAGAGAAAAGAGGAGUUUGCUGAUAUGUCAAAAGUUCAUUCAGUGGGAGGCAAUGGGCUUCUGGACUUUGAUUCAGAAUAUCAGGAGCUCUGGGAUUGGCUGAUUGACAUGGAGUCCCUUGUGAUGGACAGCCACGACCUGAUGAUGUCAGAGGAGCAGCAGCAGCAUCUUUACAAGAGAUACAGUGUGGAAAUGUCCAUCAGAGGCCUGAAAAAGACAGAACUACUUAGUAAGGUUGAAGCUCUGAAGAAAGGUGGCGUUUUACUACCAAGUGAUCUCCUUGAAAAAGUGGAUUCAAUUAAUGAAAAAUGGGAACUGCUUGGGAAAACCCUGGGAGAGAAGAUCCAGGACACAAUGGCAGUGCACAGUGGGUCGGGCCCACGUGACCUGCUCUCUCCUGAAAGCGGAAGCCUGGUAAGGCAGCUGGAGGUCAGGAUCAAAGAACUGAAAGGGUGGCUAAGAGAUACAGAGCUUUUCAUCUUCAAUUCCUGUCUGAGACAAGAAAAGGAAGGGACAAUGAAUGCUGAGAAACAACUACAAUACUUUAAGACCCUCUGUCGUGAAAUCAAGCAGCGGCGUCGUGGAGUAGCCUCCAUCUUGAGGUUAUGUCAGCAUCUUCUGGAUGAUCGAGAGACCUGCAAUCUGAAUGCAGACCACCAGCCCAUGCAGCUGAUCAUUGUAAAUCUUGAAAGAAGGUGGGAAGCCAUUGUCAUGCAAGCUGUCCAGUGGCAAACACGGCUACAAAAGAAGAUGGGAAAGGAGUCUGAGACUUUGAAUGUGAUUGAUCCUGGCUUAAUGGACCUGAAUGGAACAAGUGAGGAUGCCCUGGAAUGGGAUGAAACUGAUAUAAGUAACAAGUUGAUUAGCUUGAAUGAAGAAGUGAGUGACCUUGAGCAGGAACCCCAACCUGUCAUGCCCUCCAUGAAUCUUGAGGAAACAGGUAGUGAAGACCCUGGUUAUGAAGAGGAGUCAAGUGACCAUGCAGGAUCUCAAUAUGCCACAAGUAUUACUGCCCCCUCUAGUCCACACAUUUAUCAAGUGUACAGCCUGCACAAUGUUGAACUCUGUGAGGACAGCCGCAUACCAUUCCUGAAAAAUGGUUCAAAGUUCACCAACAUGGCACCACCUAGCAUUCUGACCAAGAGUCUCAGUAAAGACUCAUCAUUUUCAUCUACCAAAUCUUUGCCUGAUCUUAUAGGAGAUUCAGAACUAGAGAAGUCCUGCCCAUGUCAUAGAGGAGACAUGAGCCAGAAUUCAGGCAGUGAGAGUGGAAUUGUCAGUGAAGGAGACACUGAAACAACCACUAACUCUGAAAUGUGUUUACUCAGUAUGUUGGAUGGGUCUCCCAGUAACCCUGAAACUGGACAUCUGGACCCACGGAUAGGAGAUCCAGUUAAUGGAGUAAAGCAAAAAAGUAAAGAUGGAGAAGAAUACAUUAAGCUUCCAAAAAGCUCUCAGUCAUCCAUAUCACCAGUGGGCUGUGUAAAUGGAAAAGUUGGAGAUUUAAACAGUGUUACCAAACAUACUCCCGAUUGUUUGGGAGAUGAAUUACAAGGAAAACGUGAUGUGUUUACAUUUUAUGAUUACUCAUACCUCCAAGGCUCAAAACUCAAAUUACCAAUGAUAAUGAAACAGUCACAAAGUGAAAAAUCGCAUGUGGAGGAUCCCCUAAUUCAUGGUUUUUAUUUUGAUAAAAAAUCCUGCAAAUCUAAACAUCAGGCUACAGAGUUACAAAGAGAUACAUCUCCCCAUGAAAGGAUCUUGGCAAGUGCACCCCAUGAAAUAGAUCACAAUUCAUAUAAAAGUAGCGAUACAGAGAAGACAUUCACUGGCAUGCAGAAUGCCAAACAGCUCUCCCUUUUGUCUCAUUGUUCAUCUAUUGAGUCCCUUUCUCCAGGGGGUGAUUUAUUUGGAUUGAACAUCCUUAAAAAUGGCAGUGACAGUCUCCAACGAAGCACUUCUUUAGAAAGUUGGUUGACAUCCUACAAAAGCAAUGAAGAUCUUUUUAGCUGCCAUAGCUCUGGGGAUAUAAGUGUGAGCAGUGGAUCAGUUGGUGAACUGAGUAAAAGGACAUUAGAUCUUCUGAAUCGUUUAGAGAACAUCCAAAGUCCCUCAGAGCAAAAGAUAAAGCGGAGUGUUUCUGAUAUCACUCUCCAAAGCAGUUCCCAGAAGAUGUCCUUUUCUGGCCAGCUGUCAUUGGACAUAGCAUCUUCUAUCAAUGAAGACUCACCAGUAUCUCUUACAGAACUUAGCAGCAGUGAUGAACUCUCUCUGUGCUCAGAGGAUAUUGUACUCCACAAGAACAAGAUCCCAGAGUCAAAUGCGUCAUUCAGGAAGCGCAUGACUCAUUCAGUGGCUGAUGAAAGUGAUAUCAAUGUCAGCAUGAUUGUUAAUGUCUCUUGCACAUCUGCUUGUACUGAUGAUGAAGAUGACAGUGACCUUCUCUCCAGCUCUACCCUUACCUUGACAGAAGAAGAGCUGUGCAUCAAAGACGGUGAUGAUGAUGAUGAUGACUCCAGUAUUGCAACAGAUGAUGAAAUUUAUGAAGAAUGCAACUUGGUGUCAGGGCUGGACUAUAUAAAGAAUGAACUACAAACCUGGAUUAGACCAAAGUUUUCCUUGACAAGAGAUAAGAAAAGGUGUAAUGUCAGUGAUGAAAUAAAGGGAAAUAAAGAUGUAAGUAGUAGUGAGACAGCCAACCCCUCAGAUACUGUCAAUAUUGAGGCUCUUCUGAAUGGCUCAGUUAAACGUUUCUCUGAAAAUAAUGGAAAUGGCAAGAAUUUAUCCCACACCCAGGAAUUAGGGAUAAGUGAAAAUAAGAAAAAUAUUUUCAAAGUCAAUAAAGAUCCGUAUGCAGCAGACAUGGAAAAUGGCAAUAUUGAAAGUUCUUCAGAAAAGCAAGAGGACAAAUUGAAUGGGGUUCCCAAGGAACCAGAAAAUCUUGGUUCGAUGGAGAAAAAGAUUUCAGAGCCUGAGCCUUAUAAGUGUAAAGCACUUAUGGUUAGCUCUGAUAGUGCAGAAAUUGCCAGAAAGGAAACUGUUCUCCAAACCAAUAAACCUCUUUCUAAGAAAUGUCAAAACCACCACCAUUUUGAAAAUCCAAGUACUACUUCUACCCUUACCAACAAGUCUUGCACAGAACUGCCUUCAGAAAACAGAGUUAUUGAUAGACUGGACUCUGGUGUACUAAAGUCCUCAUCUAAGGAUGCAUCAUGUGUGGCUGGAAAACCUGCUGGGUGCUGCCUCGAGCUUGAACAAAGUGAAACAGAGGAAAAUGCUUCUAUCAGUGACAACAUUUCCUGUUUUGACUGUGAACCAGAUGUUUUCCAUCAAAAAGAUGCUGAAGAUUGUUCAGUACAUGAUUUUGUCAAGGAAAUCAUUGAUAUGGCUUCCACAGCCCUAAAAAGUAAAUCUCAACCUGAAAAAGAGGUGGCUGCUCCUACUUCACUAACUCAAAUCAAGGAAAAAGUGUUGGAACAUUCUCACAGGCCUAUUCACUUGAGCAAAGGGGAUUUUUAUUCCUAUUUAUCUCUCUCGUCUCAUGACAGUGAUUGUGGUGAGGUCACCAGUUACACAGAAGAGGACAGCAACACUCCAUUGCCUCUGGACAUUACCGAUUCUGGCUUAGAAGACAAGGAAGACAUUGAAUGCUUCUUUGAGGCCUGUAUUGAGGACAAUCCUGAGGGAGAUGAGCCCUGUUUGUCCAGCACUCCUCCAGAUGAGCCUUCAGUUCCUGGUGAAGCUGCAAUGACACUAUUUAAAGCAGCAGCAGACUGCUUUAAAUCCAGUGAUAUUGCUCUCUUAUCUGAUGAUGCAGACACAGUCGCUCUUUCAAGCCCUUCCCUUCAGAAAGAACCUGUCAUUGGAAAGGAAGUGGAUGGUCUAUCCCAAGCUUCUAGUGUUUCUGGAGAAAAUUCAGAGUUAACUACUCUAUCAAAGAUAGGCAGUGAAAAGGAGCAUUCAAAAAACCUAGGUGACCUUGGAAUGACAGAAGAACAUGACACUGCUUCAGGGAAAUCUAGCGUUGCAAAUCUCUCCCCAAAGAUAAAGCAGUCAAAAGACAAGAGUGCAUUGCAUCCUAACCCCAAAACUUUAACCUGCAAGGAAAAUCUUCUAAAUUUUCAUGAAGAACGACAUAGAAAUAUGCAUAGGUAGAAUGCAUCCCUCUCCAAGCAUGAAAAUCAUCUCAUUGAAAGAUAAGCCUGGCUGCAACUGCAGGGUGGCCUCAUAGUUCCGCUUUGGGCUACUCUCCGGUUUCAUCAAGUCACUGCCGUUUGUCACAUUGAUCUCUCCCAAGAUGAAUCUUCCUUCAGAAUGCUGUUUGUCCACAUGAGCCUUGUGAUCUGGAUGUGUGCACUGGUUCUCUUUAGGUGACUGUCUUUGAAGUUCCGAAAAGCUGCUUGAUCGCCCAUGGAUUCCUCUCCCAAGCUACCUCUACCACCCCAUCUCUCCAGCAAGACUUUUCUGUUUGUCUUUGCUCCUCCCCCACCCCCACCUCCACACGCUAUUUAAAGUUUUGCAGUUCACAAAUUGAUGGUCCAUUAGACUCACCUGUCCUGGAAUGACCCGCUGCCAGUCCUUGACCAAUUUCAUGUUUCAAAUGGAUUUCUUUUUAAUGCUAUUAUGCCUAUGUUUAUUGAAAGAGGCUUACUUGAAAUACCAACAUUUGAUCUGAUCGCAGCAUAGAGAAGGAUCACUGGUCCUUCUUUCAAAAUUACGCAACUUUUAAAAAGCAUCAUUUUAUUUAUUUAAGGAAUAAUCUAUACAGCACUUCAAAAAAUAACAAUGGUGUUGUAUAUUAUAAACUGGUGAUAGUCUACUGUUAAAUCAUGUACCACAUUUUUGUUUUUUAUGCUUCUUGAGGUGGUAAUGAGAAACAAAGUUUUUUAAAAAGUGUGCCUUGCUGUAUUUCUUAUAUCAUUUAUUAAAAAGCUGCUUUCACGGUAAAACUGUGUUGGUUUGAAAGGAGAAAAUAGCAAGGUUAAGAUGUGUGAAUAACUUCUGUAUAUAUGUGUAACCAAGUACAAACAUUGAUGUAUAAUGACAGUAUAAAAUGCUUUCAUGUUUGUGAUGUCUAGUGAUGUGGAAAAUAUAAGCCUUAAAUCCAUUAGAUUGCAUGGUAAUUAACAUCGGCAUAAUAAACAUAGUUUAUUGGGGGAAAAGGAAAAUUAGUGCUCUUCUACCUGUGUUUUUUACCAAAUUGUUGCAUCUAGUACUGGGGAAAAAAAAAAAAGUAGCAGCUUCCAGAGAUCCAUAUCGCAAAAGAGACUUGAAAUGACUUAGACACACAAAGCCUUCACAACUUUCAAAAUCUCUCUGGUCACUAUAAAAGAUCUUGGAACACAGUUGAUUAAAUGCCAAUUCUCCUAAUCCAAUAAGAACUUCUCCUAGACUCCUUUACUUUUACUUAUCAUUAAUGAUUUAAUGUUGGAUUUCAGGAUAUCUGGUAAGUUUUAUAUUUUAGAAAAUUCCUUUGAAUGAGUUUAAUAGAUAAAGAUGGUAAUAAAAAGUAUAAAAAUGUUACUACCAUUUUGAUGUAGACUAUAGAUUUCAGGUGUUUUUAUUUUGUGGAAAAAAAUAGCUGAGAAAUACUCCACUUAAUUUUUAUUGACUCUUACUAAAUGCAGUUUUUAGUUCUCAUGCCUACCAAAAUGCCUGUCACAUGGUAGGUAUUCAGUAAAACUUACUGAAGUGUCAAAUUAGAUGGCAGAAAUGACAUCUAUCUUUUCAUUUUGAGAGGCCUACACUAAAACAGGUCAACAGCUAGAAAAAGAUAUAUACCAUAUAAAGCUACACAGAAUAUACAGUCAUUCUGUCUCAAAAUUCAAAAAGAAAUAAUGGUGUGGAUUCAUAUAAAUACAGAAAUGACAGUCAUUCAUUAAAUUGAUAGUUUAUUAAUGUUUUAUCUGCAAGGCACUGUUCUAAAUGGGGGUGGGAGGUGGGAGGUGGGGGGGGCAGACAACAAAAACCUGCCCUCAGGACUCUUGCCUACAUGGUGGAUGAAGUGAGCACACAGAUGAGAUGCAGCCAUCACCCUGCAGGUGAGGAAGAGAGAAAACAACGUGGUGAGUGAGGCCUGGAGUGAAAAGCGGCACUGAGGAACAAGGAGGAAAUAAAAAUGGUUGGAAGAGAACAGAAAGUUAGAUAAUAGAUUAGUGAAACUUUAUUGCAGAGAAGGUUUGAGAAAGGGCCCUUUUGAAAGUUGGAGUGUUUGUAUGUAAUAUGCUAGGUGGUAAGGAAACUUUGUAAGGUUUUUAUUUUGUACUUGAUUUAAUUUAUCACACCAACAUUUUUAAAGUACUAGUCCAUAAUUCUAUCAUUUCAAUAAAUAUUUGUAUUAUACCCCUGUGAAUCUUUUCCAUACAUAUUUUUAAAUGGGUAAUUUAUUCUAAGAUUUUGGAUAGGUUCAAUUUGUUGACGGGGUUUUAAGCAGACACGUAGUUGCAGGCUCAAGAUUAUCACGGGAUUGGGUGUGGACAGGGAGGAGGGGAGAUUAGGGAUAAAUACUUCAUUAGGAGGCAGCUGUAGAGAAUAAGCUAGGUUUGAGAUAAGUGAGUAUAGAGGGUUAGUUUUCCAGGAUGUAGUGGAAGAACAAGUUUGAAAUACCUAGGAAUGUUCUGGAUCUCUGUGAGGUAUGACCUUAUUUUAUAUAUUAAGACAACCUGUAUUUUCCUUUAUAGUCAUUAAUACCAAGUCUAUCUCUGCUGGUAAAACAUUCAAAGAAUAAAGCAGCCAUAAUGUUUUGUUUACUACUUAUAUGCUCAUGGAGGACCUUAAAGUAUUCGAAAAUAUUUGUUUACUCUUUGUCUACUUAAUAUUAACACCAACUUUGUAGAAUGGCUUUCAGGUUUAUUGAGCAAAGCUGUUUCAGGUUGGAAGGGAUGGAAUAGAGUGAAUCUUUUGUUCUAUGUAGGUACUACCUCCCCAGUCCCCCUGAAAAAGAUCACACCAACUCUGCCUACCCACUUACAGUGAUAGAGGUUUAUUAUCAGUUAAGAAAAGCUUUUACACUGCUGGCCCUGGUGGCUCUUUGUUAGAAAGUGCUUUUAUAGAUUGUGAAAAUCUAUAUAGUUCUCCUCCUUUUAUUUUUUGCCCUAGUUCAGUCCUGAUGAUCUACUCAGUGAUAUUUCUACCCCUUUUUCAUGGGAACUCUGAAAAUAUUUGAGGAUAGGUUACUCACCCCCUGCCAGCUGCUAUGUUCUUAUUUCUUCAGUUCCUGCAACUGUCCUUCAUAAGUCAUGAAUUUCAGAUCCAUUUCAACCUGACUGAGUGUUAAUAGACAGAAUCCUUGAAACUGGGGGACUGUCUUUAUCAUCAUACAUGUAGAAAAAUAUCUGAACAUUUAAAUGGUAAGUUUUAUCUAAAAAUAUAUUGAAGAUAUAUGUUGAUUCUAUUAUUGUAAAAUUCAACAAAUAAAUAAAUAAAAGUGAUUAAAUAAGAA